AUGGAUUUAGGUGCUGUUGUUGAAGUAACUUGCAAGGCUGGUGACAAGAAAAUUGUGAGUUAUGGUACCACUAAGAUCAAUGGAAAAUUUAGCAUCACAGUUGAAGGAUUUGAAUAUCGCAAAUAUGGAGCAAAGGCUUGCAAAGCUAAACUCCACAAUGCUCCAAAGGAUUCAAAGUGUAGAAUUCCUACAAACCUUCACUGGGGAAUAAAGGGUGCUAACCUUAAAGUGAAGUCAAAGAAUAACUAUGAAGUUGUACUCUAUGCAAAGCCAUUUGCUUAUGGCUCUAAGACACCUUAUGCAGAAUGCAAAAAUCCCAAGCCUACACCUGCUCCAUACUACUAUAAAUCUCCUCCACCUCCAUCACCGACUUAUGUUUAUAAGUCACCACCUCCUCCAUCGCCAAAGUAUGUGUAUAAAUCACCAUCUCCCCCAACCCCCACAUACGUUUAUAAGUCUCCACCACCACCUGCUUACUAUUACAAAUCUCCGCCGCCACCAACUAAAUCUCCACCACCUCAUUAUUAUUACGAGUCUCCACCUCCACCAUCACUAAAACCUACACCAAUAUAUUUUUAUAAAUCUCCGCCUCCACCAACUAAGUCUCCACCACCUCCUUAUUUCUAUAAGUCUCCACCUCCACCAUCACCAAAACCUGCACCAAUAUACUAUUAUAAAUCACCCCCACCUUACUACUACAAGUCCCCACCACCACCAUCACCUUCUCCCCCACCUCCUUAUUACUACAAGUCUCCUCCACCACCAUCACCAUCUCCUCCUCCACCAUACUAUUACAAGUCCCCACCACCCCCAUCGUCAUCACCUCCACCACCCUACUACUACAGGUCUCCUCCUCCUCCAUCACCAUCUCCCCCUCCACCAUACUAUUACAAGUCUCCAUCACCACCAUCACCAUCACCUCCACCACCCUACUACUACAAGUCUCCUCCUCCACCGUCCCCGUCACCUCCCCCACCCUACUACUACAAGUUACCACCACCACCUUCACCAUCUCCUCCACCACCCUACUACUACAAGUCUCCUCCUCCACCAUCGCCAUCUCCUCCACCACCUUACUACUACAAGUCUCCUCUUCCUUUAUCGCCUUAUCCCCCUCCACCAUACUACUACAAGUCACCACCACCACCUUCCCCAUCUCCUCCACCACCCUACUACUACAAGUCUCCUCCUCCACCAUCCCCGUCACCUCCCCCACCCUACUACUACAAGUCACCACCACCACCUUUCCCAUCUCCUCCACCACCCUACUACUACAAGUCUCCUCCUCCACCAUCCCCAUCACCUCCCCCACACUACUACUACAAGUCACCUCCUCCACCACCUUACUACUACCACUCUCCACCUCCACCAGUAAAGUCUCUUCCUCCACCCUAUUACUACAGCUCGCCUCCUCCACCCGUGAAAUCACCUCCUUCACCAGCAUACAUUUAUGCUUCUCCACCACCUCCAACUCACUACUAA